AAGAUGUUUGCCAAAACCCAGUGUGAUGUUCUACUCCAGUCAUACACAUCCCACACACAAAUUACGCACACUGACCUUGGCUCGGGAUGAGUGACUUUGCUGUGCGAUGGGCCUUGCUUUCCGACCAGGACAGCAUCACUGCGCUGAUCCGGUCGCCGGGCUCCAAGUGGUUUGGCAACAUCCGUCAAAAGUUCCUAGGCAAAGACUCGGUCUUCCACAACUACCAGACCCACCGGAUGGUGGCUCAAUCCGUGAAAACUUCGAAGCUGGUGGCCUAUGCCGAGUUCCGGACGUAUCCGGCCAUAAGUGCCAUGCCCAAUGACUGUUGGCUGGAAUGGUUGUCCGUUAGAUACUGUUUGCCCAUGCCCAUUAGCUUGCUUAACACACUGUUUUUUAACUUUUGCAUUUAUAAGAGCGAGUGUCCUGAGGUUUUGGCGGAAAUCCUCCAGGAAGUAUUCUACCUGGAGAACAAGGCCACGUAUUUCAUCACCGUAAGAAUGCCCUUUGUUAAACAGCAGGCGCACUUACAGGAGUACUUUGAAGAUCUGGAGAAGUUGUGCAAAGUAUUCUAUCCCCGGGAGUAUAGUAUAAACAAUAAUUUCAAUACGCAGUCCCUGUACAUUGUGGAUCGGGGCCAGAUGCUUCCAAAGAUUACCUACCGUAAGGCACUGGCCGAGGAUAAUGACGAAAUCAUUGCCAUUCAGGAGGCCGAGAUGCCGGAGCUGCGUGAGGAGCUGGGCGACUUUUAUAUAGCAGAGGAGCUGAUGCAUCAGGAGAGGGAGCCUGAAGAAGAAGGUGAUUUGCUAGUGGUGGCUGAGAUGAACAACAAGUGCCAGGAGACCGAGCUGGCCAUCUUCCUUUGGAUGACCACUAACUUUGACAUCCGGUUCUAUGUGCGCAACUACGAAAUGGGUGCUUUUGGAAACUUGGUGAAGUUCGACACGCGCGCGUCCUUCCACUACGAAACGUUGACAGUGAGCUCUGUUCACCGAAGAGCAGCUGCCAGUAUGUUCACCACAGACGCUCUGGACGAUCUAGACGCCAUGACGAUUGUUGGAGGACUUCAGCGCAAUGACAGCGGCAUGAGUGUGGCCAGUGUUGGAAAGAUGAAGGUCAGCUCCAUUGGCGGCACUAUUGAGGACGCCCACGUGUCCAACGACAACAAGUUCUACAUGAGGGAGGUUCUCUACUCCAAGUUUAAAAACAUCCUUGAAAAACUCCACAGUUUGGAUUACUAUCUUAGGCAGGAAUCGAAUACCAUUAACUUUAUGUAUAACGCCAAGUCCAUGCCGCCGGGUCGGAAGGCCAUCCAGGACGCAUCCAAUGCUUUUCUUGUCAAAUGCGUGAUGGCGCGGCAAGACUUUCCGCUGCCCAGGCUCUUCAAUGCGGUGGUGGCCAUGUUUUGUGCCUAUCCUGAUAAGGACUACGGCAUGAUGGUGAUACCAAAGCGGGCCAAGGCCAUUAGGAGUCAUAUGGAGGUGCUGCAGUACUUCAUACCCGUAGCUAUGCGGCCAUCGGAUGAAACCAAUCUGGAGGAGGUCUUUAUUACUCAUCGGAGUACGAUCUUUGGUGAGAUCAGCCUGUACAAACUGCAGAAGGAGGACGUGAGUGUGGUGCACUCGUUAUCCUUGGGCAACACGACAGAGCUGGGGUCACCAGCGGAAUCGGAUAGCAGCAGCGUGUCCUACUGCUCCAAGGUUAACUUGAGGGCGGAGGUGGAGAACGAGCUGGUCGUCCUCGACGCCAUCAUGAAGGAUGUGCUGGAGAACGAGUUUAGCGACUUUUAUGUGUUCACCAUCCGGUGUGGCAAUUCCACCAAGCCGGCCAACGAGAACACCUCCGUGGGAUUUGUAGUGGUCCGGCAGUUUCACGAUCACAGCAAAUUGUACGACCACUAUAACCUGUCGAGACGGGAGGCCCACCUGGAUCGCCUAAGGGCCGAGAUUAUAUCCUUGCGCCUCCAUCCUUUGUUCAUCGUGAGCAGUGGCUUGAUCCUAAGGGAGCUGGCCAAGAAGACCAACUUUUACGACUUUUAUUUCAUCACUUCUUUUUCGCACAGGACAUUCUCCAAUGACCUGAAGAAGAUGAUGAUGGUCCUCGAGCCGAGAGCCAUUAAAAAAGCUCCGGUUUUUUUUGAGCCCCAUAAAAAUUUCAAAAAGGCUACACCGUCUGUGAAUCUGCCAACUUAUAACUUUUCAAAGGAUCACCUUAUCAUCUACCGGCACAGACUCUUUCCGGUAAAGUGGUUUACCAACAAUAGCCGACUGGUCAUCAUUGGAUUCAGUUCCCUGGCCAAGGCGUUUCUGCGAAAGCUGAUCUUCCAGUGGAAUAGAAAGGAUCAAAACAACCGGUCGAACUUCACGUGCCUCAGUUGGGUCCAAGUGACGGUCAUCUGCAGUCCGGGAAUCGUGGAGGCGGAAUACGACAGCCUGUUCCAGUGUCCCUACUGCUCCAAUACCCGCAAGUGCUACUUGUCGUUCAACAACCAUUCCUGCUACAUUCGCGAUUGCUGCGUCCGUAUGGAUCUCCGGUUCUGGGUGCACUUUGUGCCCGGCGUAGUGGAGUUCAUUGAGCGGGACAAGAAAUUCGUUAAGCUACAGGCCUGCGAGAUUCUCUACGAUACUUUGAUUUGUUUGUGCUCCCAGGAUUUUACGAUUCGUGCGCCGGACGAGAGUUCCCUCAAGAAGCUUCCGUGCAACUUUGUGGAAGUCAAUUUCCGGCUGAACAAGUUUAUGCUCUAUUACAAGGUACGAGCACUCCUGGAGGAGGUGCCGCGCACCUACUUGAUAGUGAUUUAUGGGAAUGAUCUCUGUACCUACGAGUGCAUCUCCUUCCUGAUCGACCACGGCGUAGACCACUCUCGGCUGGUGCUGGUCCAGCCACAUCGCUACACGGGAUACGGCGAGGAGGACAGGCUAAAGAAUCCCUUUUGGGACAGCAACAUACAGGUCAUACUGGACGAUCUGCUCUCCGACAACGGUAUGAAUAUCUACAACGACUUCAAUUUCCACCACUGGGUGGUGCACGAGUCCUCGGACUUCAUCAUGGAUGUGGUCUUCCAGCACUUUCCCAGUCGCCGCAUGAUGACCUUCGAGUGUGACCUCUUCAUUUCAUUCGAUGAGGGAAAAAUUAGCUAUCAGAACAAGCAGUUAUUUAUUUCCUCCAAUCUCGAAAUGGAAGGUGACCGGCUCUUGGUUGGGGAGAACUUUCAGACCAGUGAUCCAAAUAUCUAUGCAGCUGGCGCUUUUGUGAAAAUAAGGCAGGAGGUCAACUACCAGUAUAGGUAUACCUCCGAAAUGGAGAUUGCCGGCAAGCUGCUCCAUCACUUGGGAAUCUCUCCCAAAAGGGACUACGAGGAUCGCUACUCCCAGCCCCUGCACUUUCAAGCCAUGCUGCCGAUGAACUACUUUAUCACAAAGGUGGUGAUGCCCAGAAGAUACCUCAACAACCAGUUGCCAUCCUCGAUGAGCUGCAGCAUGACCACCUAUAAGAAUAACAUUUUCUGCCGCGUGGGCUUGUCGAUGAGCAUGGUAGUGGACGAGAUUGUGGUUGUCACCAAACAAUCGGCCCACUUUGAUUUUCUGCAGCAUUUCGUGGGCAAACAUGAGCUACUUUUGAACAAUCUUAGGUCUCGCUAUCGGGCUAAGACGAUUGAUUGUUUUAUUACGUUCUUCCAAGAGCCCUGGACAGAGCUGAUAAUGCACGAUAAGUUCGAGGACCUGCAGGCGGAAAACAGGGACUUGCUGAAACCCAUGGCCGUAUCCACUUUAACGCGGGCGAAUGUGGGUGCAUUCAAGGAUGUAACCGACAUGGACUUCGUAACGUUGAACAAGCGCUACCUGGAGCAUAAGCUUCUUAGUUUUCUGAGGGAGCAUCGACGCGACUUCCGGCACAGAUUCGCCCUGCCUGAAGAUUUCUUUAAGUCGGAUCUACCGAUGUGGCUGCCAAAACCGGAGACAACGGAGAAGCCGGAGGAAGAUAUCGAGUAGACUUGAUCAAUUUUUAAAACCGAAGCAGCCGGCUUCUGUGCCUUCCGAUUUCGAUGUGUAAUACUUUAACUCAGAAAAUACACUUACUAGUAAUUUUUUUUUCGAAAAA